AUGUCUCUCAAUAAGAAGAGCGUUACAUACCCUGUUGGUAACCGAAGCGCGACUGUAUUGGGUGUGAGUCGAAAAUAUUAUGGAACACAUGACGAUGAUCAUGGUGGCAAUAAUUCGUUAAAACGCUCGGGAAAGGGCAGAAGCGUGGACGCAGAAAACUUCCAUUCUUUGUACACCACAAACCCUAAUUUACGAAAGAGUGACUUCUCAGCAGAGAAGAUCAACAAGCUAACUCUCCGUACCCGAAGAGAAAAGCGCGUACAGUCAGCAGAACCAUCAUCAACAGAUUUAGAAUAUAAAAAGCUCGUCUCUGAAAAGUUCAGCCAUUUUCUCCAUACCAGGCCAAGCUUUUCCUUCGCUUAUCAUCCCGACCUCAAUCCUUACUCGAAGAACCACGAAACUAUAUUCCAUACAAAUAUUGGAACUACAUGGAAUUUGCACGAAAAGACGAAUCGAGACUUGGAAUCAACACGGGUGGCCAAUAGAAACGAAUGCUUAGCAGAAAAACGACUCGAAAACACGUUCUAUAUCAAACCAAUUCCGGUUGGUGAUAAGCCCAAAGAUCCACAUGGCGAUUUGGGUCCCCAGCGAUUGAUUAAGAUUGAUAAAUUCACAACCUCUCCAGAUAAAAGUGAUGAAGUGAAAAAAGUACAACAAUUACGAGAUAGUUUGGUACAUCAACACUACAUACCCUAUAAUGAAGGUCCCAAAACCACAAAAACGGAGAUCAAAAUUAAUGAGAGCUUAAAGCAAUACUUUCCUUUUGAGCCCAAGCUUAGAUAUGGAAGAACUGUCACAUAUGAUACUACCAGCGAUGUUGUGCCUGAUGAAAAUACUCCACAAUAUGCAACAAAUAAUUAUCGAUUGGUGAGAAAACUAAAUGAUCAUCUGACAUUCCAAAAGGAUGUGUAUUCGGACCUGAGAAGCAAAACUCUAACAAUUGCGAAGAAUAAUGUUGAGAGAAAGCGUCAAGUUUUUCAAUCUGUAGAAGAUAAAGCUCGUGAGAGUGACGAAGUUGAAGCUAACAAAGAUAAAGCUCGCUUACUGGCAAGGAGGAGUCUAAAAGACCAAUAUAUACACACCAUCCAUGAAAGUGAUGCCGCUCAUCUCUAUGACUUCUGUACAGGAGAAAGAUUGGAGCAUGUAAGGCUUCAUAAAAUAGGAUAUCCCAAUGAUUAUGACUAA